AUGCAUUCCAAAAAUCGAUCCGUCGUUAUCGUUGGAGCGGGAUUUGGCGGUAUCGCAGCUGCGAUAGCAUUAAAAAAGCACGGCUAUGAAAAUUUCAUGAUUUUAGAAAAGGCCUUCGAUGUUGGUGGCACCUGGAGGGAAAAUAAAUACCCAGGAUGCACGUCGGACGUUAGCAUUCAUUACUAUUCUCUGUCCACGGAUCUCAAGGACGACUGGGAUCACACCUGCGAAUUUGCGUACAAUAUCCAUGCGUACACUAAGGACAUUGUGGCGAAGAAUAAUCUUACUUCACAUAUUCUCUUCGGAGUAAAGGUUAUCUCAGCCACGUGGGACGCGACCUCGCAAUCGUACACUAUCACAACCGAGGACGUGCGUUCCCAAAAGCUCUCUGUGCUGGAGGCGAACAUCGUUAUAUCCGCCCACGGCAUUCUUCAUGUCCCCAGAUAUCCUAAUAUCCCGGGGCUGAACGACUUCUCUGGCCCCAUCAUGCAUACUGCGAAGUGGGACACAAAUUUGGAUCUUCGGGGAAAGAAGAUCGCAGUUAUUGGUAACGGUGGUUCAGCGUGCCAGCUUGUUCCAUACGUCGCUAAGACCGAAGGUGUCCAGCUGACACACUUUGUUCGAACGCGUAAUUGGAUCUUGCCAGCAAUGGUCGCCCCGAUUCACCGUUACUGGAAAUGGGCCUUUAGGCACAUUCCUUUCCUGACUCGGCUUUUCCGAUGGACCAUGUUCUGGGUGUUUGAGGCUAGCUUCUACUUGAUAUUCAAGAUGGCCACUACAAGGGCUUUUCUCAUGAAGGCUGGCAAAAAGUUUAUGAAUGAUACCGCACCCAAAAAAUAUCGCGGUCUCCUUGAACCAUCUUUCCCGCUCGGUUGCCGGCGAAUCGUUUUUGACUCUGGAUAUCUCGCAUCUCUGCAUCGUCCAAACGUGGACUUGAAAGAAGGAGGAGACAUUGUCUCCGUGGAUUCGACGGGAAUAAUUAUGAAAACAGGAGAGAAGCUUCCCUUCGAUGUCAUCGCUUGUGGAACCGGCUUUGUGACAGACAAAUUUCCGUAUCACCUUCGAGGUCGAGAAUCCACCAUUCAAGAGUUCUACGAUAAACAUGACGGCCCACUGGCAUAUCUCGGAACAACGGUCCCAGGAUUCCCCAACUUCUUCAUGAUCAACGGACCCAACACUGCUACCGGAUAUACAUCUUUAUUACACAUCAUGCAAUUGGUCAAACCCAUUCUCGACAAUGAGGUUACCUCUUUUGAAGUAACACCCAAAGCUAAUGACGAUUACAACAAAGGCCUCCAAUCCAAACUCAAUGACAUGGUGUUUUCAUUCUGCUCAUCGUGGUACAGAGCUGGUCAUAACGGCAGGAACGUCUCAAUCUUCCCAGGCUCUGCUCUUCAAUUUUGGUGGGCAUGCCGUAAGAUUGACUGGAGCCACUAUGUAGCUGUAGGUCCAAAUGCGGCGAAGUUUUCGAAUUCGGGGUUGGGCUUCGUCCCCAUCCUCAGCGCUGUCGUUCUUUCUGCCUCUAUGCUGUGGUGGACACUUGGAAAUUAA